AACCCAACUAAUUUCACACAAGCGUCUUUGAGUCUUGCACAACCAUUCUCUCCUCUUGUCCCUCUGGUUUUCCAAGAAAAAAUCACUGUUUCCUUCUCUCUCUGUUUAUCUCAUGCCCUAAAUCUCUUGUUCCUUCUCUAAAAAUUGACCUGGAUUGACGCCAUCUCGACCUUCCACGCGGUGACCAGAGUUGCUUCUGGUUUUGUGGGGAAUCGUGGUUUGGUCACGAUGUUUGGAUCGACUAAUCCAUUUGGGCAGUCAUCUAGUAGCCCUUUUGGGAGCCCAUCUGUGUUCGGGCAGCCCACAAAUGCGAAUAACAAUCCUUUUGCUCCCAAACCCUUUGGAAGCCCAACGCCAUUUGGGUCCCAAACAGGGAGCUCUAUAUUUGGGGGGACUUCAACUGGUGUAUUCGGGGCUACACAGCCUUCUUCACCUUUAGGUUCUACUCCAGCCUUCGGUGCUUCAUCUACACCAGCGUUUGGUGCUUCCUCUACACCGGCCUUUGGCAGUUCAACGCCAGCAUUUGGGGCUACUUCUACUCCUGCCUUUGGUGCUGGUUCCUCCUCUGCCUUUGGUGGGUCAUCAAUUUUUGGGCAGAAACCUGCCUUCGGCGGCUUUGGAUCAAGUCCUAGUCAAACAAGCCCUUUUGGUGGUGCAUUUCAACAAACUCAACCAGCUUUUGGAAGUACUCUAUUUGGAUCAACAUCACCUUUUGGUGCAUCCAGCCAACCUGCAUUUGGUGCUACAGGCACACCGGGCUUUGGUUCGACAACCACACCAGCUUUUGGAUCCACAACAACUCCGGCAUUUGGAGCCUCAAGUACCCCAGCUUUUGGUGUUUCGAGUUCCCCUGCAUUUGGUGCUUCAAGUGCCCCAGCAUUUGGUGCAUCGAGCACCCCGGUUUUUGGUGGUUCGAGCAUUCCAGCUUUUGGCACUUCGAGCACACCUGCUUUUGGCGCUUCAAGCACACCUGCUUUUGGAGCUUCAAGCACACCUGCAUUUGGUGCUUCAAGUACCCCUUCCUUUGGUUUUGGUUCCACUCCAGCCUUUGGCCAGACUACAUCUACGUUUGGGAGCGCGCCAUUUGGAACCACACCAACCUCUUUUGGUGCUCAGAGUUCACCUUUUGGGGCCCAGACUUCAACACCUACAUUUGGUAGUCCAGGUUUUGGACAAACAGCUUUCGGAGGCCAACGUGGUGGAAGUAGAGUUGCACCUUACGUUCCCACUCCUGAAGUUGAUGGUGGCGUUGCUGGAGCGGCCCCUGGAAAGCUGGAAUCAAUAUCUGCCAUGCCUGUGUAUAAAGAUAAGAGCCAUGAGGAAUUGAGAUGGGAAGAUUACCAGUUGGGAGAUAAAGGGGGACCAAGCCCUGCCGGUCAGCCCGCUGGUGGUCUCUUUGGUCAGCCAUCCCAGCCAAGCCCUUUUGGUGGAGGUGCCUUUGGUCAGACAGCUCCCAAUCCCUUCUCGUCUUCCACUUCCUCCAAUAUCUUUGCUCCAAAAACUCAUUCUUUUGGUACCACUGGUUUUGGGGCACCAUCCACUUCAGCAUUCAGCAGUCCUUUUGGUGCAUCAUCAUCGAGUCCUUUUGGGUCCACUUCAUCUGCUCCAUCUCUUUUUGGGUCAUCCACUACACCUGCAUUUGGGGCUACGUCAUCUCCUUUCAAUGUAUCUAGCACACCCGGUUUUGGAUCAUCUUCUCCCUCCAUCUUUGGUUCGGCUCCAGCAUCGGGUUCAACUCCGGGAUUUGGGUCUGGCAUGAAUUUUGGUAACACCCAAUCAUCGGGUUUAUUUUCUUCAACUCCUUCAUUUGGACAAACAACUCCUGGUGCUUUUGGGCAGCAGCCGACCCCCGGUUUUGGGCAAACGGCUUCGACAUUUGGACAGACUACUGGAUUUGGCCAAAGUAGCCCGGCAUUUGGGCAGGCCAAUUUAUUUGGGGCGCCUUCCACUGGGUUUGGAGGAGGUCUAUUUAGUGGUUCGACACCACCAAUGCUGUCGAAGCGUGGUGGAUUUGGUCAAACUACGCCUUCAAUUUUUGGUGGAGUGCAGCCCUCUGCACCUGCACAGACUUCAGGUGCAUUUUCUUUUGGCAACUUUGGUCAGACACAACCAGCAGCUUCAAGUGGUUUUGGUGCUGUAUCAAGUACUUUCGGUCAAUCUACCCUUGGGCAACCUGCUGCUACUCAGAGCGUCAUGGUCAUGCAACCUGUUCCUGUUACGAAUCCUUUUGGAACUCUACCUGCAAUGCCUCAGAUGUCAAUUGGGCGUAGUGGCUCUGCCCCCUCGGUGCAAUAUGGGAUUUCAAGCAUGCCUGUCGCCGACAAGCCAAUUCCUGUCAGGAUCUCCUCUUUGUUGACUUCUCGACAUGUCUCCCAGAGAUCGAGGAUUAACUUGCAGUCAAGAAGAUAUCAUCCGAAAAAGGAUGGUCCCAUGGUAUCAUACUUCAGUGAUAGUGAGGAAACGCCUAGCACACCAAAAGCAGAUGCUCUUUUUGUUCCAAGAGAGAAUCCAAGAGCACUGUUCAUCCAUCCUACGGAACAGUUUCCAUCCAACCGAUAUUCCCAAAAGAAUAUGUUGAAGGACAGCCCUAAUGGUAAGAUACCAGAUGAAGGGCCUUCAGCUCCCCAUUUGGAGGAGUCUCCUAUUCAAGACAAUGGAAAAGCCUCUGUGGAAAACGGCACGGAUGGUGGUGAGCCCAGCUUCCCAUCCUCCCCAUAUCAAAACGGCCACCAUGACGAAAUCCGCAACAACAAGGCCACCACCACCAAUGGGUACAUCUCAAUUUCGGGUCACCGAGCCGGUGAGGCAGCCAUUGCAUACGAGCAUGGUGCUGAUAUUGAGGCCCUCAUGCCAAAGCUUCGACACCCCGAUUACUACACUGAACCCAAAAUCCAAGAGCUUGCGGCCAAAGAGCGGGCGGAACCUGGUUUUUGCCGAAAAGUAAAGGACUUUGUGGUGGGUCGGAAAGGCUAUGGUUGGAUCCGCUUCUUUGGUGAAACCGAUGUUCGUGGCCUUGACCUCGAGUCCAUUGUUCAGUUCAAUAAGUGUGAGGUAGUGGUUUAUAUGGAUGAGAGUAAGAAGCCACCUGUGGGCUUGGGCCUUAACAAGCCAGCUGAGAUUACUUUGCUUAAUGUGCGGUGCAUGGAUAAGAAGACUGGCCGGCAGUUCACUGAAGGACCUGAAAUUGAGAAGUAUAAGAAAAUGCUUGCGAAGAAGACAGAGGAGCAAGGGGCUGAGUUUGUGACUUUUGAUGCGGAGAAGGGGGAGUGGAAGUUCAGGGUCAAGCACUUUAGCAGGUAUUCCCUUUGUGGGGAUGUUGAGGUCGAGGGGUAUGUGUGGGUUGUGCAUAAUGCCGAGCUGCGUGCUUGUGUGGAGGACGGCCUCGAAAUGCUUGCAUACUUGGAGCUUGAAGCUGAGAUGCUUGCAGUUGUGAAACUUGGGGUGGAUCUAUAGGAGUGAACAUCUCUCUCUCUCUCUCUCGUGUCUCGUGUUUGUGCAAAGGGAGAUUAUGUACUUGGAGACAGAGAGAGAGAGAGCUGGCUUAUGUGAUUUGCGCAUGUAAUAUGAGGUACUCUCAGUCGGUGAAAAGGCUUGAUUUGCCUAGGGGGUAGGUGCGGUGGUCGCUUUGUUCACGUGUGAUGCAUAAUGUAUGGGAUUUUGGGUGGAUGAGUGUAUGAAUUCAUUUUUUUCUUUUUUUUUUGGAUUUUGGGUCAAAAUUUUUUUCCAGAAGGCAACGAGUCCUUUGUGUAAUGGCAUUUGGAUGGGUAGCUGUUGAAUUCAAUUGUUCUUUGUUCUCCUGGUACUUUAAAGUUUUCCAGAAGGAAAUGGGUCGUUUA